GGUAUAUUCAGUGACAUUGUCAAUCGCUGGUACAUAAAACUAAGAAUCAUAUCAUAAUACUGUAGAAAAUAAGGUGCAUUUAAUAUUACUUUAUAUAUAAAAAUAUAGGUUGCAAUACUAAGUGUACAUCCCAUGCAGUUUCGGGGUAGGCACAUUCCACAUUAGACAAUUACCAUUGCAAUAGGCUACCUUAGCUGCCAAACUUCACACCUAACAACUUUGGCAGCUUGGCAGUGCCAGUUUUAGCACCUGGUACUAGAAAAACUGGUUUUAGUUUCACUGUUGGCUCCAGUUAGGCUAAUUAAAUUAAGUCUGGCAGCUAUGGUAUUCUAUUGCUAUGAAAAUUGUAUGAUGCCAAAUUGUUCUUUGCUCCUAUUGGUCAAGGUACCCUAGCUUUUUGUAUAAAAGGGCAGUUCUGAGUUCAGCUUAACAGACUGUUGCUGGAAUUUCACUGAAGCUCUACUCUCUUAUCAGAUCGGAUCUCCAGUGUUUUAUUUCUACAGGAUCUCUGGGCAUUUGCUAAAUUUUUCCCCUCUAUUUCUUUUCUGUAUACUCUUCAUACUGUGUAUUUUGUUUGCUGUUAACCCAAUAGCUUUUUUUAAAACUGUGUUAAUUUUUCUACUUUAUAUUUUACAGAAUAUCUCACAUUAUAAGCUCAGACUUUAAGAUGGAAUCCAAAGUGCACAACAGAACCCCAAUGACCUGCCCCAUCUGCUUCAAGAUAGACAACGUCUUGGGGACCCAUCUGCGUCGGAAGUGCCUGAAGCAUGGCAGCGAUGAAGAGAUCAAAGAAACCCUGGCGGGGGCGAAAAGGAGCUUGUCCAAUGUAGCAUCAAAGGGACUUGCUAUAAAUUACAGUGAGGUUGCGGCACUGUUGUGUAACGGAAAAUGCAUACAGAACAUGAUUGGAUUCCUGAAGAACCGUGGCUUUUUUAUUUAUAAUGGUCCUGCUAUGCAAAGUCAACUUGAAAGAUGCGGAAUUAAGGAAGAUCGGAUCCUACAGAAAAAUAUCGAUUGUUUGAGGAAAGAAAUUGGGACACAGACAGAACUAGAGAUGGCUAUUUGUCAGCCUAAGAGUUUUGAAGACCCUGAACGUCAACCAAUACAGGCAAUUAUCAAUGACUUGGACACAGAAGAAGAUAGAGAACUACAAGAGAAUAACCAAGGAGACAAAGAAGAUCUAGGCAAAGGAGAACAAGAAGAGCCAGAAGAACAAGAAGUGCAUGAAGAAGAAGAGCAAGAAGAAAAAGAAAACGGAGCAACAGCAACAGUUCAGCGAAACAUUGCAUGGAAAAACCCACUGAGGAGGAAGAUGACCGAAGCGGGGAUGUAUAAAAGGCAUUCCCUUGAAAAGAAACCAAUUUCAGAUUUUGCUUCAUACCUCUCAAAGACCUUAGGGGUUGUGAGGUACAAACAAGAGGUGGAGAAUGUUGCACGUUUCCUAUAUUAUAUGGAUAAUGAGAAGCCAUCUCUGAAGUUCAUAUAUAAUAUUCAGAAGACAAAUAAAUAUUUUGCCAAGCUACUGGAUAUAGGAAAUACUAAUCAAACCGUCUUCAAUUACAUGAAGAAUUUGAAGAGGUUUAUAUCUUAUCUGAUGGAUGCAACAGACCUAUCGAUAACAGACAAGGAGGCUUAUAACGUUGCUAGUGUCUAUUUGGGUCAGCUUAGGGUCUUCCAGAAAAGACUAAGCAAAGGAAUAUCCAAAGAAAACAUUGCAAAGAAAGAAAAAUGUUUUGUAGAGGAUGUGCAGAAACCAACAGACCUGGGAUCCAUCCUUAGUAUUGCAGAACCUGCUUUCAAGUCUGCUUUAAAUAAGGCAGAAAAUGAGGAUGGACUGACUGAAAAUGAAAAAUUAACUAUUCUGAACUAUUUGGAGUGUCUAAUUGUUUUGAGGAAGCUGCAGCGACCUGGAGUGGUGCAGAAUUUGACAGUAGAUGAAUGGAAAAAAAGAAAUCCUCAUCAUGGAACUCAUGUAGGCAUUCCGGUGCAUGAACAUAAAACGGCUGCCAAUCAAUUAGCUGUGCUGGUAUUGACUAUAGAAGAGGAAAAGUGGUUUGAUAUAUAUUUUAACAAGUCAGACCUACAUUUCUAA